AUGGAGUGCUACAAUGCCUCGUGUUCUACGCCUACAACUGGCACUGCUUCUCAGACCUUCGUCUCGGCAAUACAAUUCUUUGCAGCGGCACAAUGUGUAAUGCCAGAAGAUCCAGUACCAAAUCCGGACAUACCGAAUUAUGAAAAAUUUCACUUCAUUAUUGUCGGUGCUGGAACAGCUGGUAGCGUGUUAGCAAACAGGCUGAGUGCAAUACCCGAAUGGAAUGUUUUACUCAUAGAAGCUGGUGACGAUGCACCUGUUGAGGGUGCUAUUCCAGGUUUAGACAAGGGUAUGUUUCAAACGAAAUAUGAUUGGUCUUACAAAACAAACAAUAAUGGAAGAACCAAUGGGGCCAAUAUAAACGGCUCCAUCUUCUGGCCACGUGGAAAAAUGAUUGGAGGAAGUAGUAACUUAAACGCUAUGAUAUACGUACAAGGAAAUGAUCAAGAUUAUCAAAACUGGGUGGAUCUUGGUAAUGCUGAAUGGAGCGUCGAAGAAGUCCGCCGAUGCUUUAGGAAAGCAGAAAAUUUUCAAGAUUUGAAAUUAUUGCAGAAUCAAGAAAUUAAUGAGCACUAUGGACAUGAUGGAUAUUUAGUCAUUAAUACAUUUAAUACUACCUAUGGUACUGUUACGCAGAGAAUUCUGUCUGCAUGGGACGAAAAUGGUUUUAAAAAUGUACCAGACUUAAAUGUAGCACAAUCAUUAGGAUCUGGUGUCACAAGAGCUACAGCUGCAUCUGGGAAGCGACAAAGCCACAGCAGAGCGUAUUUGGAUCCAAUACUUGACAGGAAGAACUUAAAAGUUAUCAAAAAUAGUUUUGUAACUAAAAUUUUAAUCAAAAGAGAUUUAGAAUCAGCAGCAAUUGGACUCAAAAUGCUCACAAAAAUGUUGAAUACCACAGCUUUCAGAGAAAUCAAUGCCUUCUUAGGAAGAAUGGAAUGGACACCGUGUGAUAUUUAUGAAUUAGACAGUAUAGAUUAUUGGAAGUGUGUUUGUGUAGAGAUGGUACUUACCGUGUACCAUCCUGUAGGAACAUGUCAGAUGGGACGUGAACUCAAGACAUCGGUAGUAGACAGUCGCUUGCGAGUUCAUGGUGCACGAAACCUUCGUGUGAUAGAUGCUAGUAUAAUGCCAACGCUGACUAGUGGUAACACUAAUGCUCCAACUGGGAUGAUUGGAGAAAGAGGAGCAGAAUUGAUACUAGAAGAUUAUAACAAGUUAUGA